AUACCAAACGAACAACAACAACAUUUCAACAACAACAUUUCGUUUGUAAAAUCGAAGAGAUAGGCUAGCGCUAGCAGGCUAGUGACGAAUGUUAUCAUUUUUUUCUCUCUAAAUGCCGAGUUGCCGAGUCUCAACAUACGUUGAAUGAUGGACACCGGGGACCUAGAUGAAGUAACAGGAGAAUUAGAGCAACCCCAUCACCCACCUGAUCAAGGAGAUGGGGGAAGUAGAACCAUACUCAUCAAAAUAGAACCCUUGGAUGAAGAACAAUCCACGGACCAGUGGUUGAACCUAGCCAACAAUCAAAAUCCAGAAACAAGAUUGAAUCCAGCAGGUGUGAAAAGGGAGCCUGAUGAAAGCUUUGAAGAUGAGAAGCAGAGGGUAAAAAAUAUUAAGGAGGAGGAGAAGGAGGAUGAAAGGGAUGGCUCAUUGUCUUCAGAGGAGGAAAGAACCAAAAGCUCAUCAGAGGAUGAGGGGGAGGAGAAUGAGAAGGGGCAGGAAGAUUCCGGGGAUGGCUGGAUAGAAGAAGAUGAACCCCAAGAUGAGAUGGAGGAUGCAGAGAAACACAGUGCAGAUGAAAAAUCCGAUUUGGAAGCAAGUGAAAAGGAUUCCAGUCAAUCUCUCAACCAGGAGGUAUGCUGUCAAGUGAAGAGCAAUAAAGACAUGGUCAGCUGCAGGAAUGCAUCAACUCAAUUUACUUGCCAUGGAAAACUUGGUGAAAAUAAUCCUGACAGACCUAACAAGUUUGAUAGGCAAUCUGAAGGUACAAGGAGCAUUUCUGCCAAAGAGAACAGUAAAAACAAACGAUUUGUGUGUUUUAUGUGUGACCAGAGAUUUUUGAGGAAGAACGGGUUAAAGAUUCAUAUGAGAGCUCAUACAGGAGUAAAACCAUAUCAGUGCUCUUCAUGCGACUCCAGAUUUACUCAAAAGUAUCGUCUGAACGUACACAUGAAGGUCCACACAGGUGAAACACCACUCUUUAAGUGUUCAGAUUGUGGCAAAACAUUUUACGAAAGGAGUACUCUCAAGAAGCAUAUGAAAAUUCACAAUGGAGCAAAGCUUUACACGUGUCAAGACUGUAAUAAGAGCUUUAUGUAUAAGAAUGAACUUAGCCGGCAUGCCAGAUGCCACACAGGAGAAAAACCUUUUGAUUGUCCAAGCUGUGACAAGAAAUUUUCCUGUGGGGGUGCCCUUGCACGCCAUGACAGAACACACACGGGUGAAAAGCCAUAUCAAUGUUUGGAAUGCACUAUGGGAUUUAGACAAAUAAGUCAUCUAGCAGGACAUAUGAAAACCCACACUGGAGAGAAGCCGUUUGAGUGCCUUGAGUGCAGUAAGAGAUUUCCCGGCAAGAGUGAGCUCUCACGGCAUGCCAAAACCCACAGUAGAGAAAAGCAGUGCUAUAAGUGUCCUGAUUGUGAUGACAUGUUCUCCGACAAGAGGCGUCUCAAGAAGCAUGUUGGAAUCCACACUGCAGAGAAAUAUUAUGAAUAUCCUGACUGUCCUAAUAAUUUGUCUAUCAAGAGUAGUGUCGCAUUGUACAGCAGACAGCAUGCAGGAGAACUGCAUUAUCAAUGUGCACAGUGUGACAAGCAUUUUCCUUGCAAGAGUAAGCUUUCACGUCAUGCCAGGUCUCACUCGGGAGAUAAGCCUUAUCAAUGUGUAGAGUGUAACAUGGAAUUCAGACAAAAGUCUCAUCUUGCGGGACAUAUGAAAACCCAUACGGGGGAGAAGCCCUACGAGUGUCCCACCUGCCACAAGCGAUUCACCACCAGGAGCCUGCGCUCGCGACAUACCAGAAUUCACUCGGGAGAAAGACCCUACCAAUGCACCAUAUGCAACAAGAGUUUCUCUUACAAGAGAACCCUUACAGAACAUAUGAAUAGCCACACAGGAGCAGAGCCGUACCAUUGUCUUAUUUGUGAUAAGAGAUUCAGAUAUAGCAGUGGUCUUUCAGAACAUAAGAAAUCACACAAGGGAGAAAAACUUGAACUAUAAAGAUCAGUUGACUAUAGACGGCAUAAGCAUUGAGGAUGGAGAUUCCGAGGAAGACUUUGACGUAGACAUGUACAACUCUAGUGAGGGGUUGACAGAACAGGAGGACCUUGCAGGACCUAGGGAUACCCACAUAGGAGAAAAGUCCACUACUGCAGGGAAGCCAUAUCAAUGUGCAAACUGUGGAAAGACAUUCCGCCGUAAGGGGAAUCUCUCAAAUCAUUUGGUCAGCCACAAUGAGGACAAACCUUUUCGUUGUGCUCAGUGGGACAAGAGAUUUUCGGAGCAUG